AUGGCAGAUCUGGCCAUGAUGGGAGGAGAGGCAGCCAUCAUUGCACAGGUCCAAGAGCUCAAGGAACACAAGCAUGAGCGGGACGGGGUUUGUGCAUGGACUCCCUUGCUCAGCCGGGGUGGGGCCAUUUUCUCUACCUUUUCUUUAUCUGAGCAGUUUCGAUACAAGCGGCGAGUUUAUGCCCAGAACCUCAUUGAUGAUAAGCAGUUUGCAAAGCUUCACACAAAGGCGAACCUGAAGAAGUUCAUGGACUAUGUCCAGCUGCAUAGCACGGACAAGGUGGCCCGCCUGCUGGACAAGGGGCUGGACCCCAACUUCCAUGACCCUGACUCAGGAGAGUGCCCCCUGAGCCUCGCAGCCCAGCUGGACAAUGCCACGGACCUGCUGAAGGUGCUGAAGAAUGGCGGUGCCCACCUGGACUUCCGCACUCGCGAUGGGCUCACUGCCGUGCACUGUGCCACGCGCCAGCGGAACGCGGCAGCACUGACGACCCUGCUGGACCUGGGGGCUUCACCUGACUACAAGGACAGCCGCGGCUUGACACCCCUCUACCACAGCGCCCUGGGGGGUGGGGAUGCCCUCUGCUGUGAGCUGCUUCUCCACGACCACGCUCAGCUGGGGACCACCGACGAGAAUGGCUGGCAGGAGAUCCACCAGGCCUGCCGCUUUGGGCACGUACAGCACCUGGAGCACCUGCUGUUCUACGGGGCCAACAUGGGGGCCCAGAAUGCUUCGGGGAACACGGCCCUGCACAUCUGUGCCCUCUACAACCAGGAGAGCUGUGCUCGUGUCUUGCUCUUCCGUGGAGCCAACAGGGAUGUCCGCAACUACAACAGCCAGACAGCCUUCCAGGUGGCCAUCAUCGCAGGGAACUUUGAGCUUGCAGAGGUCAUCAAGACCCACAAAGACUCGGAUGUUGUACCAUUCAGGGAAACCCCCAGCUAUGCAAAGCGGCGGCGACUGGCUGGCCCCAGUGGCUUGGCAUCCCCUCGGCCUCUGCAGCGCUCGGCCAGCGAUAUCAACCUGAAGGGGGAGGCACAGCCAGCAGCUUCUCCUGGACCCUCGCUGAGAAGCCUCCCCCACCAGCUGCUACUCCAGCGACUGCAAGAGGAGAAAGAUCGUGACCGGGAUGCCGACCAGGAGAGCAACAUCAGUGGCCCCUUAGCAGGCAGGGGCAGCCAGAGCAAGAUCAGCUCUCGGGAGGGGCUGAGGAAGUUCGGUGCCCCUAGGAGGGUGGUCACCUCUCCGGGAGGCGAGGCUGGGCCCUGCGCUGCGCGGGUCUCAGGCGGCGGCGGCUCCGCAGCGCCCUCUGUCGGCUGUGCCGGAGCCGUGCCUCGACCCCCAGCAGCCGCCCCAGUAUCACACGGGGCUGCCCUGACCACCGUCCUGCGUCCGCAUCCGAACUCCCCCUGCCAGGGGUCGGCGGCGAGGGGAGGGCCGGAGGGAGGGCGCGAGGGCCGCCACCGCCGCCCGCAGAGGGAGGAGCCCGGCCACGGAGGAGGCGGGGCGCGGGGCGGCCGCGGCAUGGAGCGAGCCUGGCGCGCCCAGGAGCGCAGCCCCGCGGCCCCGGAGCCCUGA